AUGGCUGCGCUACAUUCUUCCACCUUCCUCACUAUCUCCAUCCUCCUAUUCGUCUGUUUCCUAUCAUCAGCAGAGGCUCUCGGAGGAAAAAAAACAGGAGGAAAAACUGAAAUAAAAAAUGUGAAAUCAAACAAAGAAAUACAAGAUUUGGGGAAAUUUUCAGUUGAUGAUUAUAAUCUGGCUUACAAGAAAGGAGACAAAGGACGUUUGAUAUUCAAACAAGUUGUUAAAGCCGAGAAACAAGUUGUUUCAGGGAUUAAAUACUUUUUGAAGGUUUCUCUAAUUUGGAAGGGUAAACCUCAUUUGUUUGAUGCUACUGUUGUUGUUAAAGCUUGGGAAACACCUUCUAGAUCGGUUGUUAGUUUUGGUCCUGUUGAUUAA